AUGAGCAUGGAUGCUUUGGGAAACCAUGUGAUGGUCCCUAGGAUUUCCAAACGGAACACGGCGCUGAGAUUAGUUGACUUGGCAGGGGCGCACCACCAUCACCAUCAUCACCACCAUACCCCUCAGAGCGUGACAGGCUUCCCGGGGUUCAGCAGCCAUCCACACUCAAUGGCUCACUCGCACCCUGGGGAGAUUACUGCGGAACCCCGCCUGGGGCCGAGUCCAUUCGGGCCAGAACACAUGGGGCACUCCGCGGCCCUCAAAAUCAACCCAGCCCAUCAUUAUCCACACAACCAUCACCACCACAAUCAUCAUAUGGCAGGCCACAGUGAAGUGGUCUCCAGUCAAACGGGAGCUUUUGGCCCGGUGCAUGCAGCGACCGUCCCCUAUUCUAUGUCCCACACGGCCCAGGCGUUUUCCGCAGCCGCAGGUAGGGAUUUCCUCAUUCGGAGAGAUCUGACCGCUCAAGCCAUGCCGGUGCUCACCGACCAGAGCCCCGGUUCAAGCUCUCAUCACGGAAUGUUUGUCUCAACAACAGGUAGCUAUCCGGGACACUACGGCCAUCACCCGGAUGCAGGGAGCCAUGCCCUCUUCUCCGGACUCCACCAUGAGCAGUCAUCUAGCGGAGCACCAGGUGGCCAAGCCAUGAAUGGACAAAUAAGGUUAGGAAUACCUGGCGAAAUGUACGUUAGGUCUGAUCACUUGAGUCAAGUGGCGAGCUCCAGGGCUGAUCCGUUCUCCGCCUCGACGUUACAUGGCUACGGCGGUCUGAACCAUCUGAACAUGAACCUCAGCGCCCAGCAUCACGGAGCCGGUGCAUUCUUCCGCUACAUGAGGCAGCCGAUUAAGCAAGAACUCAUCUGCAAGUGGCACGAACCGGAACACUCACCGAAAAAACUCUGCUCCAAAACGUACAGCACGAUGCACGAGCUGGUAACGCAUGUGACGGUUGAUCACGUCGGUGGCCCUGAGAUGGCUAACCAUAUCUGCUUCUGGGAAGAGUGUCCCAGAGAAGGAAAACCAUUUAAAGCCAAGUACAAACUUGUAAAUCAUAUCAGAGUACACACCGGAGAGAAACCAUUUCCAUGUCCCUUCCCCGGCUGUGGAAAAGUAUUUGCCCGAUCGGAGAACCUGAAGAUCCACAAGAGGACUCACACAGGUCAGUUACUUUAUUUACGUUUCAGAGUCACCGGUAAAGAAUGUAUCCUCAAACGUUUGUAGAGGUUAUGAUUUGAAUUUUCUGCUAUCAUUCAUGUUUGAACUCCAUUCCACACUAGAGCUAAGUUCACACAUCUAUUCGAUAUUGCAUUUAAAUUAAAUGUAAUUUUUUAAGUUAUGCUGUACACGACAUAAAAUAAAGGGAAACAAAUAUUAUUUGUAAUUUCAUUUAACCAUUGGCCAAAUUCAACAAGUGAUUAAUUAAAGCAUUAUUUAUUUGAUAAUCGAUAUAUUAUAUAUUUAUAUAAUCAAAUAAAUAAUGCUAUAUAUAUAUAUAUAUAUAUAUAUAUAUAUAUAUACAUAUAUAUAUAUAUAUAUAUAUAUAUGUUUAUAAAUGUAAUAUCUGGAAUAUGGCAUUUCAAAUAAACAAUAUUUAUAAAAUUGAGUCUAAUGUAAACAUUACGCAAUAGUUAGUGGGUUGGACGAUUUACAUUUCCGAUGUGUUUGUUGUGAGUUGCUCCAGUGGUCCAGAGUUGUACAGAGAUAAUACUCAGAAAAGAGACUGAGGCCUACACGGUCUGUCUGUCCAAAUGUUGCUUUGCCUGCUGCGGGGACACGGAAUCAAACACGUCAGAUAGAAAGCUGUUGUUUACUUUUCUGAAAUCUGACAUAGCAACAGUAUUAGCUAUUUAGUGGAGUGGAAAUGCAUUGUUGUUUGGACCUGUUGCUGGAGCCACUUUAUGUACCUCUGCCAUGCAUAACCCUUUGGACGCGUCUUUUACAUAUACAUACUGUACUUUGAUUUGGUCAAGGAGACUGUUGAGAUUUGUUGGUAGCCUGGAACUGAAUAUUCACCUAUAACAAUAACACAAAUAAUACUUAUUUUUGAGGAAUCAUGACUCAUGGCUAAGAAAACAUAGCUACGUACAGUAAGUAGGUCAAUGUCAGAAUUUCCAUGUGGCCAUCUUCUUCUUCUUCUUCUUCUUCUUCUUCUUCUUCUUCUUCUUUCUUCUUCUUCUUCUUCUUCUUCUUCUUCUUCUUCUUCUUAAAUAUGUGAUUAAUAAUGAGUUAAUGUUAUUAAUUCUAUUCAUAUAUAUAUAUAUAUAUAUAUAGAGAUAUAUAUUAUAUAUAUAUAUAUCUAUAUUAUAUUAUGUAUUAUAUAUAUAUAAUAUAUAUAUAUAUAUAUACAGUAUAUACAUAGUAGUAGUAGUAAUAGUAGUAGGUGUAGCAAUAGUAUUAGUAGUAGUAGUAGUAGUAGUAGUAGCAAUAGUAGUAUUAGUAUUAGUAGCAGCAGUAGUAGUAGUAGUAGUAGUAGUAGUAGUAGUAGCAGUAAUAGUAAUAGUAUUAUUAUUAUUAUUAGUAGUAGUAGUAGUAGUAGUAAUAGUAGUAGUAGUAGUAGUAGUAGUGGUAGUAGUAGUAGUAGUAGUAGUAGUAGUAGUAGUAGCAGUAAUAGUAAUAGUAUUAUUAUUAUUAUUAUUAUUAUUAUUAUUAUUAGUAGUAGUAGUAGUAGUAGUAGUAGUAGUAGUAGUAGUAGUAGUAGUAGUAGUAGCAGUAAUAGUAAUAGUAUUAUUAUUAUUAUUAUUAUUAUUAUUAUUAUUAUUAUUAUUAUUAUUAGUAGUAGUAGUAGUAGUAGUAGCAGUAGCAGCAGCAGUAAUAGUAAUAGUAGCAGUAAUAUUAGUAGUAGUAGUAGUAAUUAGUAGUAGUAGUAACAGUAGUAGUAGCAGUAGUAGUAGUAGUAGUAGUACUUGUAGUAGUAGUAAUAGUAGUAGUAGUAGUAGUAGUAGUGGUAGUGGUAGUGGUAGUGGUAGUGGUAGUGGUAGUGGUAGUGGUAGUGGUAGUGGUAGUAGUAGUAGUAUUAGCCUAGUAGUAGUAGUAGUAGUAGUAGUAGUAGUAGUAGUAGUAGUAGCAAUAGUAGUAGUAGUAGUAGUAGUAGUAGUAGUAGUAGUAGUAGUAGUAGUAGUAGUAGUAGUAGUAGUAAUAGUAGUAUUAGUAGUAAGAGUAGUAGUAGCAGUAGUAGUAGUAGUAGUAGUACUUGUAGUAGUAGUAAUAGUAGUAGUAGUAGUAGUAGUAGUAGUAGUAGUAGUAGUGGUAGUGGUAGUGGUAGUGGUAGUGGUAGUGGUAGUAGUAGUAGUAUUAGCCUAGUAGUAGUAGUAGUAGUAGUAGUAGUAGUAGUAGUAGUAGCAAUAGUAGUAGUAGUAGUAGUAGUAGUAGUAGUAGUAGUAGUAGUAGUAGUAGUAGUAGUAGUAGUAAUAGUAGUAUUAGUAGUAGUAGUAGUAGUAGUAGUAGUAGUAGUAGCAGUAGUAACAGUAGUAGUAGUAGUAGUAGUAGUAGUUGCAGUAGUAGUAGUAGCAGUAGUAGUAGUAACAGUAGUAACAGUAGUAGUAGUAGUAGUAGUAGUAGUAGUAGAAGUAGUAGUAGUAACAUUAUAGUAGUAGUAGUAGUAGUAGUAGUAAUAGUAGCAGUAGUAGUAGUAGUAGUAAUAGUAGUAUUAGUAUUAGUAUUAGUAUUAGUAUUAGUAGUAGUAUUAUUAUUAUUAUUAUUAUUAUUAGUAGUAGUAGUAGUAAUAUUAGUAGUAGUAGUAGUAGUAAUAGUAGUAGUAGUAGUAGUAGUAGUAGUAUUGUAGUAGUAGUAGUAUUAGUAGUAUUAGUAGUAUUAUUAUUAGUAGUAGUAGUAAUAGUAGUAGUAGUAGUAGUAGUAGUAGUAGUAGUAGUAGUACUAGUAGUAGUAGUACUAGUAGUAGUAUUAUUAUUAUAAUUAUUAUUAUUAUAAUUAUUAUUAGUAGUAGUAGUAGUAUUAUUAUUAUUAUUAGUAGUAGUACUAGUAGUAGUAUUAUUAUUAGUAGUAUAGCAUUUUUUAAAUGGCAAAAUAUAAGAUCAUGGUAAAUGACAAAGUAAUAUUUUAAUUUGAUUAACAUGUUUUCCAUAUUCAUUGGAAACUGUGCUGCUUGUCCUUAGUCAAUGGAAGCAGUAAUAUUGCUUAGGGCAGGGUUGUAGUAUUGCUAAGUGAAGGGUUAGGGUUAGCAGCAGGCUACAAUUUGGGGGGGGGGGCUAUAACAGCGUAACAGGUAGGGUGAGCUGGAGCACUGACCUACUGUCUACUCCAUUACCUGCUGGACAUGUGUAAUGGAGCUUACUGAUCUAAUUUCAUUUUACUACAGAUAAUGAUAUGAAGAGAGUCAUUUUCCUUUGGCAAAAGUGAAGUUUCGACCCAAAUAAAAAUACUUCCUUAGGGCCUUUGAAAAUGAUGAGUCAGAACAGCACCUAAUAUGACUCUGAUUACUAUAUGUUGAAUCCAUACAUAUAUUUUGAAUCCAUUCAUGCCUCCACAUGUAUUAUUCAUAUAAUUUGCUCACAUUUACUUAAUUACAAAUCUGUUAAAUUAUUUGUGCGUAUGUUGACUCCCAAGGGCCCUGGUCCAGGGUAUCAUGUUUGAAACCUACCGGGAUCUGUGGUUAUGGCUGGGUUUCCCCUGAGGGGUGUUAUGAGACCUGUUCUUCUACCGGGAUCUGUGGUUGUGGCUGGGUUUCCCCUGGGGGGUGUUCUGAGACCUGUUCUUCUACCGGGAUCUGUGGUUAUGGCUGGGUUUCCCCUGGGGGGGUGUUCUGAGACCUGUUCUUCUACCAGGAUCUGUGGUUAUGGCUGGGUUUCCCCUGGGGGGGGUGUUCUGAGACCUGUUCUUCUACCGGGAUCUGUGGUUAUGGCUGGGUUUCCCCUGAGGGGUGUGUUAUGAGACCUAUUCUUGUACUACACUAAUAUCACUGAUUGCCUCUCAGUCGAAGGUCAAAUUGAUAUUCAACGUGCACGUGUAAUUAGACUGGAGCAAUUAUAUAUUCUCUGUAGCUAAGCUUAUAGCUGCCUGACUGCAUGGCCUCGCAUUAGAGGAAUCAGCAUAGGAUGAUGUCAUAGUAAUUAAUUCAACCAUUAUGUUUUUGCCAGAUCAUGCUGUAUUUCCUAAGGGCUAGAUAUUACAGGCUAAUCAAGACAAAUGUUGUUUUAUUUACAUUCAUUUGCCCCAUUAGGUGCAUGGUUCAAAUAGCCAAUGUAGAAAUAGUAGGCUAAAUGGCAAGAAAGCCAUAACUACUUGUGUAGCCAUAACUGAGUUUGUUUCAUAGGGACAUAGACAUUCCAUAUGCAACCAAUUCAAAUCCUGCAGAUGAUCAUCAAUAAAAACAUGUUUUCAAUGUUACUUGGAACUACUGCAGAAACAGUAAUAUGCUGUCCUAAAGGAACUCAGCUGGUUCAUUGGGCUGUCCUAAAGGAACUCAGCUGGUUCAUUGGGCUGUCCUAAAGGAACUUAGCUGGUUCAUUGGGCUGUCCUAAAGGAACUUAGCUGGUUCAUUGGGCUGUCCUAAAGGAACUCAGCUGGUUCAUUGGGCUGUCCUAAAGGAACAGCUGGUUCGUUGGGCUGUCCUAAAGGAACUCAGCUGGUUCAUUGGGCUGUCCUAAAGGAACUCAGCUGGUUCAUUGGGCUGUCCUAAAGGAACUCAGCUGGUUCAUUGGGCUGUCCUAAAGGAACUCAGCUGGUUCAUUGGGCUGUCCUAAAGGAACAGCUGGUUCGUUGGGCUGUCCUAAAGGAACUUAGCUGGUUCAUUGGGCUGUCCUAAAGGAACUCAGCUGGUUCAUUGGGCUGUCCUAAAGGAACAGCUGGUUCGUUGGGCUGUCCUAAAGGAACUCAGCUGGUUCAUUGGGCUGUCCUAAAGGAACAGCUGGUUCGUUGGGCUGUCCUAAAGGAACAGCUGGUUCGUUGGGCUGUCCUAAAGGAACUCAGCUGGUUCGUUGGGUCAAGUACAAUAGGCAAUCCACUGUAGGCCAAUAUGGUGUUAUUGGCCAUAACUCACGUCACAUGUGGCCAUGCGUCACCACCCCCAAAAUAAAGCAGCUGUUUUGAUUUGUGCUUUUGGGUUUCCUGAAGCCAACGCCUAACUUUUGUUCACUUAUUUCAGGUGAGAAACCGUUCAAAUGUGAGUUUAACGGCUGCGACCGACGUUUCGCCAACAGCAGUGACCGGAAGAAGCACUCCCACGUGCACACCAGCGAUAAGCCGUACAACUGCAAAGUGAGAGGCUGUGACAAAUCCUACACACACCCCAGCUCGCUCCGAAAACACAUGAAAGUGCACUGCAAGUCUCCACCACCGAGCUCUGGCUACGAGUCUUCAACCCCGUCAUUGGUGUCCCCAUCAUCGGACUUAGGCCGAGAGCCAGGGGCCUCGUCGCUCUCAGAACCAGCAGCCUCGUCCCAACCCGCCAAUUUAAGCGAGUGGUACGUCUGUCAUAGUUCUGGUGCCAGCGGAACUCAGACACCUCCCAGCGGCUCCUCCAGCCCUGAUCCCGGGGAUGAGACGCACUACAGACACCCUAACCAAAACUGGCCCAGAAAAUAAUUCUAAAACAUAUGAAAGAUAUAUUUUCUAAUAUGCCCAUGGACUUACAAAAUUAACACAUCGAAAAGGUCUGUUUUCUAUGGCCCAAAUCAUCCCAUGCACUGUCUGGCGUAUCGGCCAAAUAAGACACUGCCAAAUAUAGCUUGUGAUAGCGCGCUUCUAUCUCCAUGUGUUUGGACUUCUUAUUUCUUCUCGUACCAGGUCAUUGUACGCAUGUAUCUUGCUGUAUUAUUUUGUAAUCGAGUUUUGACACUCAAUAUAUUUUUUAUUUAUUUAUUUUUUGAAUCUGACAUGAACAUUUUUUUUUGUAUUAUCG